GGCAACUGCUACGGCUUGCUAACUUGGGAAGAGGCGGCUCGGAGUGAGCCGACGGAGUCGGAGGCGUCGGCCCGUGCGGGAAUCGCAGCACACGGCCCGGCCUCUCGGAGGCCUGGCCCCGGUGGGGGGGCUCGGCGGGUGCCCUCUCGCAGCCUUGCGGGCGCUCCGCCGGAGGUACCGGUCAUUUUGACCCUAUGGUUUCGGGCGGGGCUGCGGCGGGAGAGAGUGGACGGUGGAUUUACGGCGAGGUCGGGCAAGCAGCCGGCGCUCGCUCGUCGGCGGCCAUCGUUCUCGCCAGAGCCCCGCCUGCUCGGUUGGGGCGGCGGCGUCCGCCGGGCUCGGACGGAUGAGGGUCAGCACUGCGGUCGCUCCGCCUCUCGAGGUGGAGGCUGGCGGAUUGGGGUUGGUGCGGGGGCGCGCGGCCGGUGGAUUGGGGUACGGGACGGGCGCGGCUCGCGGGAGCGGCCUGGCGAGUGCGAGGGCGUAGGCUCGGUGACUUCGGAGCGCGUCGAGUAG